AUGAUGCGCCGAGAUGCUUGCGAAUGUUCAAAGGCCCAGUUGGAUCUCUUUACUGUACCCCCUGUGUCCACCUCUGUGCAAGAGGGUCAGUGGAUUCGCUAUAGUCCCUUGGCACCACCCUCUGUAGCAAGACCACUCCAGUUUAACAUUUCCAAUCCCGUGAACGCUUACAUUGAUUUGAAACAGUGCUACCUGAGAGUAUGUCUACGUGUGACGAAAGAUGAUGGCACGGAUACCGUUCUAGCGGAUAACCCUGUAUCGACAGUCAACAAUGUGAUGCAUUCCCUGUUUCGCGAAGUGCGGCUGCAAGUGGGACACAAUCAGUUGGAGAUCACACCCUCCAUGGGCACUUACCCUUACAGAGCCUACUUGGAAACCCUUCUGAGUUAUGGUACAGGAGCCAAAACAUCUCACCUUCGAUGUCCUGGAUGGUUCACCGACGAUGCUGGUAAAAUGGACGUCUUCAAUCCUGAUGCAGAUGCGAACACAAGAAACACAGGUGUCAGAACGCGCCGCGAUCUUAUCGUACCCACCAAAGAAGUGGAACUUACAGGCCGUCUACACUGUGAUCUGUUUCUUCAAGACCGUUAUCUGCUGGAUGGUGUCCCUAUGAAACUGGAAUUGCUACGAAGUCCCGAUGAGUUCUUCUUCAUGUGUGCUGCUGAUGGUGUCUACAAACUAGCGCUGACCAAAGCCGAAUUCUAUGUCCGUCAGCUCAACAUCGAUCCUGCUGUCCGAGAAACACACGUGUCCAGUCUGAACGCUGGGGUGACUGCCAAGUAUCCCCUUUCACGUGUGCAUGUGACUGCCCAUGACAUCCCGAGAGGCGGUAGGGACUUUCACAAGGAUCACCUCAUCGGUGGCCAAUUACCAAAACGCGUGGUCCUGGGACUGGUGGACAAUAGUGCCUACGUAGGAAGCAAAGAGAAGAAUCCGUACAACUUCAAACACCAUCAUGUCACCAUGAUGAAGCUCAAAGUCAACGGCCAGGAAGUCCAUGGCACGGAAAUGAAAAGCGACUUCAGCAACAACAGUGCCCAUUUGAAACAAGUCUACAUGAAUCUGUUCCGAAACACGGGACAACUAUGGCGACCUGAGACCUGCGAACUGACUCCCAAGGCCUUUACUCAAGGUUACACCUUGUGGGUGGUGGAUCUCACACCAGACCUUGGCGCUGAUGAAGGCAUCAACUACCCUCGACACACUGGCAAGUUGGGUUUGGAAAUCCAGUUUGGACAAGCUCUCGAGGACCCAGUCACCCUCAUCUGCUAUGAGGAAUACGAAAAUGUUCUGGAAAUAGAUCGUUUCCGGAAUGCGAUGAUGGUAUAA